AUGGGCUGUGGGGUCUCCGUGCCUAAGGUUGCGCUCGACGAGAAUGGGUUCGAGGACGGGUCUCCUACCUGGCAAAACAUUGAUGCGGGCAACACCACCGACGACGACAGAGAAACAGCAGCAGCAGCAACAGGAGGAGGAGGAGGGGGAGACGCAGCAGCAGGAGGAGCAGCAGGGGGAGGAGGCCGAGAAAGAAGUGAUGCUGGGACGCAAAGAGCGAUGGUGGAGAGGAGGAGAAGCAGUGAGGGUUCAGACGAGAUGGAUGCGGUGAUGGAGGAGAUAAGGCAGACGCUCAAGCGCAGCCAGGAGAUGGAGGCUCGCGGUGGCAGGGACGACAACGACAACAGCGACAACGACGAGGGCAAUGGCGACGACGGCGGCGGCGGCGGCGACGGCAACGGUGGCAAUGACAAGGAUGGCAAUAACGAGAACUACAGCAGCAGGAGGAAGAACGGCGGGGUGAUUCAGAUGCAUGAAGGCGUGGUGGUCGGCGUGCGGCUGCCGGGCGAAACGGUGGAGAGAGAUGGAGAUAGGGCAGGGGAUGGGCGAAUGGGAGACGCCAGCGGCAACGGCGGCGGGGCGGCGUGGCAAAGGUUGCGAGACGAAGGGUUAGAAGCGGCCGAACCAGGCAGUGCGGCUCUGACGCCUGGCGAAGGCUCAGAUGAUGAGAAUGCGUUUCCGCCGAAUCCCGCCUUAGAGGAUAAUGGCCGGGUGGGGGGUGUAGGGGGUGCAGUGGUAGGUAAUGGAGCAGCGGGUUCAGAACAACAGCGCAUAUCUAGGGAGUCUUCUGGAUCAAGGGACGACACAGCAGGGCCGCGAGAAGGGACAGGCGUUAGAGAGGGAGAGGUAGGGGCAGAAGCAGCAGAAUCGUCAUCCGCAGCUAUUGCUGCGAGCAGGGCCCAACAAAAUCCCGGCAGCGGGUCGGGGCCAGGGGGGGGAAACAGCUGGAGAAGCCUGAACCCGGGAGGGUAUUUAGCGGAGCUAGCCCUGGAGCUGCAGCAGCACAAGGCGGUGGCCCCGCAGGAGUUUUCAUUCGAAGAGCUGAGGGACGCAACGCAGUGUUUCAAAGAGGAGCUGGUGCUGGGGGAGGGUGGGUUCGGGAAGGUGUAUGAGGGGCUGCUCUUGGUGAGGGACGAGGACACUGGGCAGCACGUGGAGACGAGGGUUGCUGUGAAGCAACUGAGCCAACAGGGCCUGCAGGGGUUCAAGGAGUGGCUGACGGAGGUCAUAUUCCUGAGGCGUCUGCAGCACCCGCAUCUGGUGCAGCUGGUGGGGUACUGUGCGGAGAAGGAGAAGGGCCUCCUCGUCUACGAGUACAUGCCCAACUGCUCCCUCGACUGCCAUCUCUUCAAUGAAGCGGAGCCGCCAUUGACGUGGGAGGUGCGGGUGAAGGUGGCUCUGGGAGCAGCCAAGGGGCUGGCAUACCUGCACGAGGGCACAGAGCACCAGGUCAUCUUCCGAGACCUCAAGGCCGGCAACAUCCUGCUGGACGAGGUGCGGUUCAGUGUGCUGCGGUGCGGUGUGGUGCGGUGCAAUGCUGGGUGGGUAUCUCUCUCUGUUGUGUGCUGA